CGGAUCUGGGCCACGAGAGGCGGUCUAUUUAUCCGGAGGCUUCGCACCUUUAGGGAGGCUCUGGCAAAAUCAGUAGCGGCCAUCCGGGUUGGGACUUCUGCCUAUCAGCAGAUGGAGAUGCUCUAGCCUAGGACGAUGAUUAAGGACAUCCAGGAGACGGUUCCCCUCAUGGGCACCAAGAAGCCCGAUCCACCAGGCACGCCUCCUCCUCCUCCUCCUCCUCCUCCAGGCACUCAGAAAAGGUCAGCCGAAAGCACUCCCACCAAGAAAAGAGGCGGUGUGUUUUUCAGUAGGAUCAGAUCCACGCUUUCCGAAGUGACGCGGCCUGCGGUGAGGAACCCAGCUACGCCUACGCAGGGGCAAACCGACCCUGGAAAGUGGGCGAACCAAGUAGCGGUCUCUUGUUCACACUUUUUUCUCGAGAUUGAAACCUUUGACAGCAACGUCGAGCCCAGCCGGACGUCGCCGCCCGUCUUCUCGAAGCCGAUGGACUCCAAUAUCCGGCCUUGUGCUUCGGCAAACUGCGAAGACAUGGAUUCUCCCCAGUCUCUCCAGGAUGACACCCCAAAUGCGGAGAGCUAUUGCACAAACUGCUCUCACAGCGUUCGGCAAAACCACCACCGGAAGAGGCUGAAGAAGUACCUCUUCCGGGCCGUGUCCGAGGGCAACCGGGAGGAACUCCAGGGUCUCCUCGAAGAGCUGAAGGAGCGCUCCCACGCCUGCCGGACCCUGCCCGUUCAAGACUAUCUGAUGAAAAAAAUGACCUCCUCAGACACCGGAAAGACGUGCCUCAUGAAAGCGUUGCUGAACAUCAACCAGAACACAAAGGAAGUCGUGAUUAUGCUGCUUUCGUUUGCCGAGGAGAAUCAGAUCUUGGAAAGACUCAUCAAUGCAGCCUAUACGGAAGAGGCUUACAGAGGACAGACCGCUUUAAACAUCGCCAUCGAGAGGCGGCAGUUCGACAUCACACAGACCCUGAUUCAGAACGGGGCCGACGUCAACGCCCGUGCGCGGGGCGGCUUCUUCAACCCGAAGAACAAGCACGAAGGUUUUUAUUUUGGGGAGACUCCCCUGGCACUAGCCGCCUGCACCAACCAGCCGGACAUUGUCGAGCUCCUGAUGGAGAAUGGCAGGACAGACAUCAUGUCCCAGGAUUCCAGAGGGAACAACAUCUUGCACGCGCUGGUGACGGUUGCCGAGGACUUCAAGACGCAAAACGAUUUUGUGCGGACGAUGUAUGACGCCAUCCUCAUGAAAAGCAGAAGCCGGGAUUUGGAAAUGAUGAAAAACAAGGAGGGCUUGACUCCUCUGCAGCUUGCUGCAAAAACGGGGAAGUUAGAGAUUCUGAAGUACAUCCUCAGCAGAGAAAUCAAGGAGAAGACGAUCCGGAGCCUUUCCAGGAAAUUCACCGACUGGGCGUACGGCCCGGUCCAGUCAAACCUCUACGACCUGACAGAACUGGACACCACCUCGGAGAAUUCUGUCCUGGACAUCAUUGUAUACAACACAAAUAUUGGGAAUCGCCAUGAGAUGUUAGCUCUGGAGCCCCUGAAUUCUCUCCUGCGCAUGAAGUGGAAAAGAUUCGCCCGAUACAUGUUCUUCCUGUCCUGCUGUUUGUACUUCAUGUACAACGUUGUAUUGACGUUGAUCUCCUACUACCGGCCUCACACUGAUAUGCCUCCACCGUAUCCUCUCGCGAUGACCAAUGGCCUGGGCUGGCUACAGCUGAUGGGCCAAGUGACGGUGAUGCUGGGGGCCAUAUUUAUCGCCAUCAAAGAGAGUGUGGCCAUCUUCCUGCUAAGGCCUUGCGACCUCCAGUCUAUUCUUUCCGACGCCUGGUUCCAUUUUGCAUUCUUCAUCCAGGCAGUCCUGGUCAUCUUCUCGGUGUGCCUGUACCUGUUCUCCUACAAGGAGCACCUGGCCUGCCUCGUCUUGGCGAUGUCCUUGGGUUGGGCAAACAUGCUCUACUUCACCCGGGGUCUCCAGUCCAUGGGCAUCUACAGCGUGAUGAUUCAGCAGGUCAUCCUGCACGAUGUAAUCAAGUUCAUAGUGGUGUAUAUCGUGUUUCUCCUUGGAUUUGGCGUAGCCCUUGCGGCCUUGAUUGAAAACUGUCCAGAAAACAGCAAAUGCAGCCACUACAGCACCUUGGGAAGCAUUGAGAUCGAGCUGUUCCGGCUGACCUUAGGCCUGGGAGACAUGGACAUCCACGAGAAUGCGAAGUACCCCGUCCUGUUCCUGCUGCUCCUCAUCUCGUACGUCGUCCUGACUUUCGUCCUCCUCCUGAACAUGCUGAUCGCGCUGAUGGGCGAGACGGUGGAGGACAUCUCCAAGGAGAGCGAACACAUCUGGAGGCUUCAGAGAGCACGGACGAUUGUGGAGACAGAGAAACUUCUACCAAAGUGCCUGCGACGGAAAUUUCAGCUCGGGGAAUGGUGCAAAGUGGCUGACAAUGACACCCGGUUGUGUCUGAGGAUCAAUGAAGUCAAGUGGACAGAAUGGAAAACACACGUUGCCUUCAUCAACGAAGACCCGGGCCCAGCAGUUCACAACAACAUGCAAGAGGAGGUGUCGAGGAGUAACAGCAAAACGACCUUGAAUACGUAUGAAGAAAUCUAUGAUUUGCCGGAAACAACUGUUUAGCUACCCACAGGAGAAGAGCAGAGUGUGAAGGCCACCGGUGUCUUGACAGGAGUGUGACGGAAAAGGACGCCGGUGGCUGCAACUGUCCUCAUUCCUGUUGCACUUUUGUUUUCUUCCUAAGCUGGACUCUGGCGGAGCUUAAGCAAAGAGGAGGCCUGUCCUGGCCGCCUGAAUAGCCAAACAGAUGAGAGGAAGAGUAGCAGCAGGGGUGGGAGCAAGACAGAACAGUGGCACAGAAAGCACAGAGCAGCUGCUUCGGGGAGGAGGGGAUGGAGCGAGGGAAGCAACCAAGACCUCCCCCCCGCCCGGACAGCCCCGCUUUCCAGAGACUGGAAGAGUGGAGAUUGCAUCCACUGGGUGAUGCCUGCCUUCGGAUAUUCAGACCUUCCGCUUGGAAGCCGUAAACGUGGGUCAAACGAGAUGCUAGAGAAAAUGCAUACUGCCUUCUAAGUUAACACCUGCUCUGCAAUCGAGACUUGGGAAAUUAGCUUGUCAGAAAACGCAUUGUGGCUCCCUGCAAGACAUGGUGACAUGCAGCCCUCCUUCCUUAUCCGAGAGAUCUCUGUCCGAUUAUGGCAGACACGGUCACUUUCUGCGCUUGACCUUCUGGUUAGCCAGAAAUGGCGGGGAGGGCCUUUCCCCACACAACGGAUGACCCGCAAUUCUACCCACCUGGGAGAUCUGCUUGGAUUUGGAUUCCUGCAUCGAGCAGGGAGUCGGAUCUGAUGGCCUUCCAGGCUCCUUCCAACUUAAUGAUUCUGUGAAACACAGGCUUCUUUUUUAUAUUUAUUCAUUCGUUUUCUUCGCAUGAUGAACCCUCAACGCUGUUCUGUUUCUGGACUCUCACCAUGUCGUGCCCAUACAUGGAAACAAGGCCUUGCGAAAAGCGAACACAUUUCAGAUUUGAAGGGCAACCUCGGUAUGAAAUUUUCAGCCUUGGAAGUUCUGGAUCCCUGCUUGCCCUGGCAGGCGUACGAGAUGGAGGGGACUAGCAGGUUGAUUGAGUUGUUAGUCACUUCUCUACCUCAUCUUUCUUCUGACGAGUUCAAGGCAGUAUACGCGGCUCUCUUCUUUUGCGCUUGGUCCUCACGCCAGCUCUGCGGAGGAGAGAGAACCGCACGACUGGCCCAGGUGAAUUUCAGAGCGAAGUGGAGGAUGUAACCUGGUUUUUCAAAAUCCCAUCUGCCACUCACUGUACUCUGUAUAUACUAUUGGCUCCUGACACAGAGGUUCAGAUGAAAUGGGACCGAAAAGCUUUGGCUACCUCAUUUUCUGCUUUAACUUUAUCCAGGAAAAUAAGAGUUAUUUUGUCCGCAAGGGUAUUCAUUCAGCGGUUCCUGCAGAUUGUGCCUUGAAAUGCUCAUUGAGGCCAAGUUGAUGUCUUGGGAUGUACGUGUGUGUGUGUGUGUUAAAUCAUGGUUUAUAUGGUGCCUUUGGAUGUUUCUAUAAACAAAUGCAGACGUUGUUGCGACUGCAGGUUUUUUGAGAGCGUCUUAUAAAACGGCGUCUCUCUGGAACUGUUGCCUCUACUUUCCGUGACGAUCACUUCAGAGCCAAAGCGGGGUUUCGGACCUAUUUGGGAUGUUGUGACGAUGUUGUCAGUGUGUUAAAGAAAUAUUUAUUGUAAAUAUGAUAAAUAAAAAUUAAUAGUUUUGUAUAAACAGGUACUGCUUACAAUUUGCCUUGAUCUGCACAUCUGAAUAUAGCACCAGUGAGUAGCAAAAGAGAGUGUGCCCUUGUUGUUACAGAUACUGCUGUUAAAAAAGAUUAGCAUUUUUAAAAACUAGGAGGAUUAACAUACAUUCAUAUCGGUAAAGCUUUUUGACAGUGCAUACGGUCUUCAAAGUGCUCAGAAUACUUCUUA